AUGCAUCUCAACAUUCUGUCAAUCGCCAUGGCAAGCAUGCUGAUGGUGGCACAGGCUGGCGCGCUCCCCAUCAGAUUGAUGUCACUAUGCGAGACUUAUCUGCCUCUUCGCAUCUCAAAGGCCAGCAGCGAAGCUCCAUCAACACCGCCAUCCGCCACCUCCUCCUUCGACUCGGCUCAUUGGGACUCGAAGUGGAUGACUCAAACGAGCGCGUUUCCGGUGCGGGCACCCCUUGCCCACGUCGAAGCGCUAUCCGUUCGCCAGAAACUGCUUCAAGCUGCUGAGAAGGGCUCGAUAGGCUACCGUAGCGCGACCGCUGCGUCUUUUGGUCUCGAACAGGCGCAUGCCGCUUCGUCUGACAGAGGCACUGCCCUACAAAGGUUGCGUCUCCGCAUCGGGCGCGCGUGGAACCCGCUUGCAGCGUCCAGACAACAUCGACAGUUGCACUGA